AUGCCGUCCGAGCGAGAGCUCCAGAUAUCGCCCAUCGUGCCCGAGUCGGUGAUGCACAACACCAAGGCCAUCGCACCGCACCACGCCGCGUCCCACCGCGCCGUGUCGCCGUCGCACGAUAACCCCUUAAUACGCCGAUGCGUUACGAGCACGCUCCCCGCUAACACGAUCCUCCCCCUCGCGCAGGCCCUAUCCAACCUGCAGACGCUGACGGCCUCCAUCUUCGGCGCCGCCGCCGGCAUCCUCGGGCUCGAGUCCUACGCCGGCUUCCUCUUCUACCUCGCCCUCACCGCCGUCACCACCCUGCUCUUCUACGCCAUCCGCGUCGCCCCCGAGUCGCUCGCCGCCGGCCACGCGCCCCUCGACACGAGCCGCUACUUCCGCUCCCGAUACGAGUUCUGGGCCGGCGGCCUCUUCAGCGGGCUCGCUGGCUACGUGCUUACUUGGACUUUGUUCUACGGCCUGGUGAGAGCCUGA